AAUCAGAUGUGCCGGCGGAGCUGCGAGUUGCAAACAGGUCGCAAAAGUUUGUGAAUUUCACUUCGACCAUCCAUAACCAGUUGCUGCUUGUGUCGCUGCUGGAGCAUCUCUGCCACAUGUACACGCACAACCCUGUUCAUUCGAGGUGCUUGUUCCAAAUACUUCGUCAGGCUUUCACAAGAACAGGGUUGCUCUCCCCUUUUGCCUUCUGUGAUGAAUUUAGUACUGUAAGACUGCAGCAUAAUAGAGCCAUUACUGAACUAAUGAAAGCAGCUAAUCGACAAAUACUUAAUGGGGAACUUGAUAAUGGAGAUUCUCAUGCAGUUGGGGAGAAAGAAGUCCUCUUUGAAGCACAGACUUCUCGAUACUUGAAUGAAUUUGAUGAGGUUGCAAGGCUAGGAAAAGGAGGAUAUGGUAAAGUAUACAAGGUCAGAAACAAGUUAGAUGGUCAGUUCUAUGCUAUUAAAAAAAUUAACAUUAAGAAGGCUACAAGAAGAGAUUGCAUGAAGGUGCUACGAGAAGUUAAAGUGCUGGCUGGGCUGCAGCAUCCUAACAUUGUAGGCUAUCACACUGCUUGGAUGGAAUAUGUUCAAACAAUACACCCAAAAGGAAAGUACAGCAUAUUGUUAGAUAAAACAAUAAUGGAGUUGCAGCCAUUAUCUUUGGAGCAAGAGAGUGGCAAUGAUCACUGUCGUAUUCAGAGUGUGGAAAGUGGUAGCUCAAUUAUCUUUGCUGACCUUGCUUCACAAGAAAAGAAGUCCUGUGACAGUACCAGUCUUAGGAAUCUGGAUAGUGAAUUAGUGCAGAAUAUGGAUGUAAGGAAUGAUUUUACAAACAGCAAUGGUAAAGAGUGUAUGAAACCACAUAAAUGUGAAUUAUCCAUAGAAUUACAAGAAGACUCUGUAAGUAGUGUUAGCAGUAGAUCAACUGAUGUGAAAAAUCAGUCAGCACGGGGACCUCGUUGUAGUCUGGAUCAAGAUGCUAGCACUGGAAGUAAGUCCUGCACUGAAGAAUGCUCCAAGAAUGAUGUAGCGCUCUGUGGAGAGCUUGAGGUAGAGUAUCGUUUGAUUCUUCAUAUACAAAUGCAACUGUGUGAAAUAUCCUUGUGGGAUUGGAUUGUUGACCGCAAUAAAAGGUGCAGCGAGAGUACAGAGAAAACUUCCAGUCCAUACCAUCUUGUGGAUGUCCGCUGGACCAUGAAAAUUUUUCACGAGCUAUUAGAAGGAGUAUGUUAUAUCCACAGCAUGGGAGUGAUGCAUCGAGACAUUAAACCCAGAAAUAUCUUUCUACAUGGAUCAGAUCAACAUGUAAAAAUAGGAGACUUUGGAUUAGCUUGCAAAGACCUUCUUUGGGAUGAUGCGGACCAGUGGUUUAAGACAGAAAGAAUAAAUGGACUGACCCAUACUUCAGGUGUGGGGACUUGCCUCUACGCUUCACCAGAACAAUUGCAGGGAUGUCACUAUGAUUUCAAGUCAGACAUGUACAGCAUGGGUGUUAUCCUGCUAGAACUCUUCCAACCGUUUGGAACAGAAAUGGAAAGAACAGAAGUUCUUACACAUUUAAGGCACGGCCAAAUUCCUCAUAUUUUCUACAAAAAAUGGCCUAUUCAAGCCAAGUACAUUAAACUCCUCACCAGUCAGAGAUCUACAGAAAGACCAACUGCUGCUCAGCUUUGUGAAAGUGAACUGUUUCAUACCACAGAACAUGUUAUUUCUAACCUACAACAGAAGGUGAGACAGCAAGAGGAAGAAAUAGAAAAACUGAGGGAGAGAAUAAGACUGCUGUCUGAUGAAAAAGAUGAACAUAAGAGACUAGGUUCUCCUGUUUAAGUACAGGAAGAACUAACUUCUAGUGUGAAAUUUUUUUUUUUUUUACAUAAAAAUAUUUCAAUGCAUUUU